AUUUCAAAAUUUGUAUGUAAUGUUUGGAUUAUCGCUAUCCAGCCUGCCUCUCUGUUACUUAUUCGUCAACACUGCUUAAAAUUCAAAAGAAAGAGCCCUAAGAUUUCGAAAUUGCAGAUUGAUUCAAAGAAACCGAGAGAAGAAGACGAACGAACGAUGUUGAGAGCUACUCAUCAUCUUUUCCCAGUAGCAUCACCAAAGCUCUCUGUUAUUAGACAGCCUUUGCUUCCUGCUCCCAUCCUCUCUUCCCUUUCCCGCCUUUACACCCUCUCCCCGUUUGUUUCUUCGUCUCUCUCAUCUCUUCCCAGUUCCCUCCGACCCGCUCCACAUGCUCACCUUCCUUCCUCGACCUUCCGGCGGGUUCCUUCUCUGCUCGGUGCUCGCCAUUUCCCCAGAGCAACGGUUUCGCUUAGUGGCGGGAGUGACUCCGGUAGUAUCAGAGAGAUAAUGGUGCAGCACUUGCUUGUUAAGGAAGACGAUCUUAAGCUUUUGCUGGAGCUUGAGAAGAGAAUUGCAGAUGGAGAGGAUAUGAGUGAUCUUGCUGUGGAGUAUUCAAUCUGUCAAUCCAAGGAAAGGGGAGGAAUGCUUGGGUGGGUGAAACAGGGGCAAUUGGUACCAGAAUUUGAGGAGGCUGCAUUUAGUGCACCUUUAACCAAAGUUAUAAGGUGCAAAAGUAAAUCUGGUUGGCAUUUAUUGCAGGUUCUGUCUGAGAGGGAAGGACUUCAAGAGAUUCAGGUUGAUGAGCUUCAUGUGAAAAUGCAGGACCCUAAAUUCCUUGAAGAGGCUCAGUUGAUUGAUGUUCGAGAACCUGAUGAAAUAGCCUUAGCUUCCCUGCCGGCUUUCCAAGUGUUUCCCCUUCGCCAAUUUGGAACCUGGGGACCAGAAAUGCCAGGGAAGUUUGAUCCUGAGAAGGAUAUAUAUGUCAUGUGUCAUCAUGGUGUUCGGUCAUUACAGGUUGCCAAGUGGUUGCAGAGUCAGGGGUUUAAGAGAGUGUUUAAUGUAGCUGGGGGAAUACAUGCAUACGCUCUGAAGGCUGAUCCAUCAAUCCCUACUUACUGAGAGGAUUUUUUUCUUCCCCCAAAUGGGACCAUUAUCAUUAUUUUUGUUUAUUCAACUAUAAUCAAGUAAGAGAAUAGAAGUAUUUGAA